GCUGGAGCCAAUGGGAUAGGAAGGAGAGGGAGGCCGGCCGGGUACAGGCCGAGCGCAGGUACGGGGUGGGGGGGGGGGGACGCGGGUCGAGCGUCGGCUGCGGGGUCUCCUCCUGGGCCGGCUCGCUUAAGGGGUGGGCGGGGGGCUCCGGCACGGGGCUGCCCGGCGGCAGCCGGCAUCGCGCCGCUGGGGUCUGCGUGCGGCCGCUCAGCUCCGCGCUGGGCCCGGCGUGAAGGCAGGGCACGGCAGCAAUAGGUCCGGCAGCUUUGCUGGCUCAUGCUGGUGGGAGUUGCGUGGCUGCGCGUGUACGGGCAACGCUUACCUACGUGUGUUAAAGCAGACGGUCAAAUACCUGUGUUUUCUCCGGGGCGGUACGCCUGCCCGGAGCGGCGCUGGGACGUGGCGUUGGGCCGCGGGUCGCUGAGCGCGGGGAGCGGCAGCUCGAGGUGCGCCCGGCUGGGCACGGGGCGCCGUAAGGCUCCAGCUCGCGUCUUCCUUCGGUAAGCCUUCUGUUGUGCUGCCCGCCGCCAGCUCCGUACGGCGCGCCUGGAUGCGGCCGGCCGUGCGCUCGGAUGGACGAGGACGCUGAGCCCGCUGCGCAGCGCACAGCUCGCCGCCUGCACGCCGUGCCCUUGGGAAGAAGAGAGAGCGUUGUCUUGUGCAGUGCUUGGCUGAGCUCCUCCUGAGUGCUCCCUGUGAAAACGACGAUGAUCACGUUCAUGAACAACUCGGACAGUGAGGAUGAGCCCUGUAAUGAGAGAACAUCUCUGAUGUCUGCAGAGAGCCCUCCAGUACCUUCCUACCAGGAUGGUCUGCAAGCCUCAGAAACAAGGGAAGCACAGACACAUAGGAAGAGGCAAACAGGCAGCAGCCGUAGCCCUAACAAUGUUGCUGAUGAGGAUGCAUCUGACUCGGAUGUUCGAGUGAGAGAGAGUGCCUUGGAGAAUGAAGAGGAGGAGCUGACUCUGAAAUAUGGAGCAAAGCAUGUAAUCAUGCUUUUUGUGCCUGUCACCCUUUGUAUGAUUGUUGUCGUCGCCACCAUAAAGUCAGUGCGCUUCUAUACGGAGAAAAACGGGCAGCUGAUCUACACCCCUUUCAGUGAGGACACCCCAUCCGUGGGCCAGCGUCUCUUGAACUCAGUGUUGAACACUAUCAUAAUGAUCAGCGUCAUCGUUGUAAUGACCGUGUUCUUAGUUGUGCUUUAUAAAUACCGCUGCUAUAAGUUCAUCCAUGGUUGGCUAAUCCUGUCCUCUUUUAUGUUGCUGUUCCUCUUCACCUACAUAUAUCUCGGUGAAGUGUUGAAGACAUACAACGUGGCCAUGGAUUACCCCACAGUUAUCUUAAUCAUCUGGAAUUUUGGAGCUGUUGGAAUGAUUUGCAUCCACUGGAAAGGUCCCUUGCAGCUCCAGCAAGCAUAUCUCAUUAUGAUCAGUGCUCUGAUGGCACUGGUUUUCAUUAAAUAUCUACCUGAGUGGUCAGCAUGGGUGAUUCUAGGUGCAAUCUCAAUUUAUGAUCUGAUUGCUGUUCUCUGUCCUAAGGGGCCACUGAGAAUGCUGGUAGAAACUGCACAGGAAAGAAACGAACCCAUUUUUCCUGCAUUAAUAUAUUCCUCUGCUAUGAUAUGGACAGUUGGAAUGGCAAAACCAGACACGGCAGCAAAAGGACAAAGCCAACAGACAUGGGAUGCAGAAGACGAGAGAGAGAACCACAGUAGCACUUCACAUUCAGACUCCCAGAUUUUGGACACAAGGAGCCCUGCUCCCAGCCAUCCCAUCACUUUAGAGGAAAUGGAAGAGGAGGAACGAGGUGUGAAACUGGGCCUUGGAGACUUCAUAUUUUACAGUGUGCUGGUUGGGAAAGCAGCUGCCACACCUAGUGGAGACUGGAAUACUACACUGGCCUGCUUUGUAGCCAUUCUCAUAGGUUUAUGUUUAACUCUCUUACUACUGGCUGUUUUUAAGAAAGCACUGCCUGCUCUUCCCAUCUCCAUCACCUUCGGCUUGAUCUUUUACUUCUCGACAGACAACCUUGUGCGACCGUUCAUGGACACCCUGGCCUCCCACCAGCUGUAUAUUUAGAAGAAGUGGGAGUCGAAGAAUUCUUUUCAAGCUUUGCUGUGAAGUAUGGUGCACUGUUUGGAAUAAGUCAUAACGUUUUUCACCUAGUGCCAUAUAUUUGUAAGGAAAACAGUAACUCUGUGACAUGAUGUGUACUAAAAAGCUAGCUACGUGUUAAGCUGAACUCUUUCACAGGACUCCUAACUCUCGGACUCCAAUGGAAAACCUGGCUCAUUGCAGAUGUCAGAGCAUUACUUAAAUGUUAUUUAAUGUGCACACUGGCUCUUAUGAGCAAGGAAACCUGUAUGUAGUGUGGGGUACUGGAGAGAUGAAGGGUCUGAUCUGUGCUUCCAGAAGCUCAGGUGUUCUAACCUUGGAAUUGCAGUCAAGUUUUGCUGUGCUCUGGAGUUGUUAGCACUUCACACUUUUCAAGUGUUGUGUGCGUGUGUAGUGAAAGUCAGUCUUGCUUGUAAUCAGGAAAGCACAGCAGUAUGCAGAGAACAGAGCAGUGCAUCACACCUCGUCGUGAGCACUAAGCUGAUGCGUGAUGCUGAACUUCAUAAGCUAGGCUGUGGAAUUGCCCCAGCUGUCUCUCUUUGUUCUGACCCUGGUGAGACAUGGCUGCCACGAUUCUAGAUGGGAUGUCAGCAGAAAGACAUCUGAACAUCAGGCUUCUGUUUCUGAGUGCAUCCACCCGGGCAGCUAACAGCUGAAGACAGGGCUGACUGUUAAGCAGAUUGGAUCCUCAGCGUGGAAAUCAUUGCACAGCUCCCAGUAAAUGAGUUGACCUGUAACUUCUUGUGUGUAUCUUUGGUCUCAUUUCUGUACAUUAUUGUAACUGUUCCAGAGGAGGAUUUACCUUCCCUCUGUGAAGAGGUCCUCUGACGCUGACUGAAGCUUGGUUUACCUAGUUUUUGGUACUGUUGUUUAGAGAGCUUUUAUUACAAAUUUUAAAAUAGCUAUUUAAUGUAAAAGGAACUCUUUUGAAAAUACUGUCACCAUUUGUAUCAAAAUAUGGGGGUGCAAACACCAACCUGCUGGGACAUUACAUAAGGCACCACUAAUGCUGGAAACGUUGACGCAGCCUCAAGUGACUUCAUUUAAAAAAGCAACAAAAAAAUCACACUGCGUGUUGCCAGUAAGGAAAAACAGGUCUGACUCUAUCCUUACUGUUAUUACCUAAUCACUGUUUUCCUCCAGACUUUAAAAACACUUUAUUUCUACUCUGAGGGUCACUUUUAGCAAUAGUUCUGUGAUUAUUUUUUCUUCUUACUUGAGUGUGUAACAAACAAGCUCUGUUUUCUCUUGACAGCUGAUCAGUAUCAGUGCUUAGAACUGUAACAUUCUGCAGGGCUUUUUGAACAAUGCAAUGUCACUGAGAGAUACAGAACUUCAGCUCUGAGAAUCCUUUUUAGAUAAGGCUUUGAAGUAUGCCUUUUUAAGAUAAUGUUUUUUUCCAGUAGACUUCUUCAAGCUAAUCUACUUUUUGAUAUUUUAACAAGAACAUCAGGUAGGUGCUUCAAACAAAUCUUUACAAAGCACGUGAGGUGUUCUGAGUUGUGUGUCUUAGUUUGGACGAGUACGUAAUUUUUGCUCUUGGUUGAGUUUGCUGUUCUUACUGCUUACAUUUGCAAUGUGUAAUGUAAAAAUUGCAGAUAACUGAUUAUUACUGAUAGCUGUUUUCCUUUGGAAACGAACUGUCUGCUUGUUUUUUAAGGUUUAUAUGAAUUAGUUGUUCUUUUUCUUUCUAACAAAAGCAGUUAUGGGGCCAAAUCAAAAUACAAUCACUUGCAAUCAUGAUUUUGUAUUUUAUACUGCAUGGUGUAGAUGAUGUGAAAUACUUUAUACAUAAAGGAAAAAAAAAUCCUGCUUGGCUUAACAGGGCUGUAGCAUAUCGCUAGAAAGUAUUUAUUUUUCUGAAAGUGAAGUUGAUAAAUGAAGGAAACUGGGUGGAUCCUUCUUACUGAAGUAUCAUUAAUAGAGCUUGAGUUCUAUGUAGAUCUGUGCUUACCAUGAUUGGCCCCUCUCUGAACAAAUUCUACAUAACUUAUAAUUUAAAAGGUGACUGAGCAGUGGAUUCUGUCAGUGCAACACAAUGUACUCGCUUGGUGAGUGAAGGGGUAUACUGCGUGUGUAUAUACUGGGGUGGUUCUAACUGUGUAAAUGUUUAUAUGUAUUUACUAAUAUAUAUUCACUGUGAGUGUGUGUAUAUAUGUAUGUAUAUACACACAUACAAGAGUUUUAAAAUGA